AUGGGGUCAAAGAUGUGCAUGAACGCAACCUGUGGCGCGACCUCUACUGUCGAAUGGAAGAAAGGUUGGCCUCUUCGAUCCGGCGCUCUCGCUGAUCUCUGUUUUCGUUGCGGAUCCGCUUAUGAGAGCUCUCUAUUCUGUGAAACAUUCCAUAUGGACCAAUCUGGUUGGAGAGAAUGCUAUUUGUGCAGCAAGAGACUUCACUGCGGAUGCAUUGCUUCUAAGCUCAUGGUCGAGUUUAUGGACUAUGGUGGUAUUGGUUGUACAACCUGUGUUAACUGCAAUCAGCUCAAUUUGAACAAGAGGGGUGAGAGUCCAAACGUGUUCAGCAGAUUGCCAAUGAAGACGCCACAUAUGAAUGGCGAAAGCGGAAUGAGCGAAGCUGAUCUCUUUUCUCAGUCCCUGAGGUGCGAUUCUCAGCCGCUGGUCCCUGGAGGAGAUAAAAGAGAAGACUUUAUGCCUCACCGUGGGUUUGGUCACCUUCUGAAAUCAGAAAUGCAUGAGUCGUCGCCUUCACAGCAGCCAUCUUUGAACAUGGCUUUGGCUUCACUUCCUUACAGCCCGUCUUUUGCAAACCCUGGCGAUGGGAAGAAGGACAUGAACGGUGCUUCUCAGUCCCACAUUGUCCAAUCCUCUGCCUCUAGUGUACUGCAGAGACCUUCAAAAACUGUUAUUGGAACUCCUGUUGGGAGUAGCAAAUCUGCUCAUGCGCGGAUCGGGAGGCCUCCUGUGGAAGGGAGAGGGAAAGGGCAUUUACUUCCUCGGUAUUGGCCGAAGUAUACUGAUAAAGAGGUUCAGCAGAUCUCCGGAAAUUUGAAUUUGAACAUUGUGCCUCUCUUUGAGAAAACUCUUAGUGCCAGUGAUGCUGGUCGCAUUGGUCGUCUAGUUCUUCCAAAAGCCUGUGCUGAGGCUUACUUUCCUCCGAUUAGUCAAUCGGAAGGCAUUCCUUUGAAAAUCCAAGAUGUGAGGGGUAAGGAGUGGACGUUCCAGUUCAGGUUCUGGCCUAACAACAACAGUAGAAUGUAUGUCUUGGAAGGUGUUACUCCCUGCAUACAGUCCAUGAUGCUACAGGCUGGUGAUACAGUGACUUUCAGUCGGGUUGAUCCUGGUGGCAAACUUAUCAUGGGUUCUAGGAAGGUAGCUAAUGCUGGAGACAUUCAGGGAGGUGGUGUCACCAACGGUACUUCAAACGAGGACACAUCAUCCUCUGGUGUGACAGAGACGCCGUCCUCCGUAAAUGCUGCUUCGGGUCCAUCACAUAUACCUGAGGAAAUGAGAGGUCUGCCUGAGCAUAUGACCUCAUCGCCUUAUGAUGGUAAUGGCUUGAAGAAGAGUGAGACUAACGGAGCUAUGAUGUGUGAUGAUCUGCCACGGGUCAAAGAAAGGAAGAGGAGCCGAACCAUUGGGACAAAAAACAAGAGACUGCUUUUGCAUAGUGAAGAGUCUAUGGAGCUGAGAUUCACAUGGGAGGAAACUCAGGAGUUGCUUCGUCCCGCUCCUAGUUCAAAGCCUAGCAUCGUCCUUGUCGAGGAUCAUGAAUUUGAAGAAUUUGACGAUCCUCCUGUCUUUGGAAAGAGGACGUUUAUCACUUCAAGACCUUCAGGUGAACAAGAACGAUGGGCUUCUUGCGACGAGUGCUCUAAGUGGAGAAGGUUACCAGUAGACGCUCUUCUUUCCUUAAAGUGGACAUGCGUAGACAAUGUUUGGGAUGAAACCAGGUGUUCUUGUUCUGCACCGGAGGAGAGUCUAAAGGAACUUGAAAAUGCUCUUAGAGGUGGGAAAGAGUACAAGAAGAGAAGAAGUGGGGGAAGCCAGGCAGCAAAAACUGUGCAAGAGCCGUCGGGUCUGGAUGCGCUAGCGAGUGCGGCGAGUGCAGCAGUCUUAGGAGACGCUCUAGGUGAGCCAGAGGUUGCGACCACGACCAGGCAUCCAAGGCACAGGGUUGGGUGCUCUUGCAUUGUGUGCAUUCAGCCGCCAAGUGGGAAAGGCAGGCACAAGCCAAGCUGUGCGUGCAACGUGUGCAGCACCGUGAAGAGAAGGUUCAAAACGCUGAUGAUGAGGAGGAAGAAGAAGCAGUUGGAGCGCGAUGGAACAGCGGCAGCAGCAGCAGAGCUGGAGAGCAUGGAAGUGGAAGGGAAGCAGGCGGAGACUGAUAAGAGUAAGGGAGAGAAGGAAGGGAGGAUAGAUCUGAACAGUGAUCCUUAUAACAGAGAAGACAAUGAGGCUGUGGCGGUGGAGAAAGGUGAGAGUAGAAGAAGAGAAGUUGGGGAGAGUUCGGGGGAGGCUCAAGGCGGUGGUGAUGUUGUAGGAAUAACAGAGUUAGCAACAGAGGCUGAGAAAAUCAAAAUCAGUGAAGAGCCUAAAGGUUCAAACUGA